AUUCGUAGCCAUAUAAAUGUAGGACUAUUUCCAUAAUACGGCAUGCGAUUUAAUUCAUGUACUUUAAUUCAAUUUCAUUUCAAACUGUAGUAUUGCAGAAACAAGUCAAACUAAUUUUAAAAAAGACAAAUUUUUUUCAAUGCAAUUAUUUUUGCAUACAAAAUGUUGUGUCAGAGAUUUCGCACGUCAAUAAAACUAAACAAUUUUAUAGGUUAUAUCAAUGAAUUUAAUCAGCUAGUCACAUGUACAAAACAAGUUGUCAAGAAUGAACACUUGCAGCCAAGACUACAGCCUCAAGUCAGCAAUUUCUGUGUGGAAAAGCUUCCAAAAACUGCAAAUAUUUUUGGAGACAUUUCAGGUAGAAAAUUUGAGCGCGUUGAGAUGGAUAAGCUUGAAAAAGAAGAAGAAAAGUUUCAAGAUACAGAAGCACGCGUUCCGCGUCGGCUGAAACCCAGCUUGGGCCAGUAUGCUAAAAUGAUCAAUUUCUACAUAUCCAAGAAUGAUUUAAAUUCCGCUUUAAGUGUACUUGAUCUCAUAAAAAAGAAUCGAGACAAACCCACUAUGUACAUAUACAAUCUGUUGUUGCGAGGUUAUGCUAUGCAAGGUGAUAUAAAGCAGUGUAUCAGUCUCUAUAACAAAGCGAAAAAGCGUGGCUUGGAACCAACUGCAGCAACUUACACCAGUCUGUUUAAUGUAUGCGCUGAAUCUAAGAACAGUGAGCUUGCUUUGGACUAUUUAAAGAAUCUACGACAAUCACUCUAUGAGAAGCAGUUUCCGUUGAACGAAACGCAUUAUAACGUCAUGGUGAAGGCGUAUAGUUGGCACAAUCAAACCGUGGAAGCCUUUCAAUUAGUGGACGAAAUGAAGGACAAGCGUCUACCCAUUGGGGAGAGCACCUAUAAUUCCCUCCUUCACGGAGCAAUUGCUCACAAAGAGGCUGGUCUGCGACACGCUCUGAUUGUGUGGCAUUUAAUGCGUUCGUGGAAAAUCAAACCAACUUUGACUACGUACAAUCUUUUCCUAAGAGCAAUCAGAGACACAGAUUUUAAGAGUUUAAAGCUCAACGAAGUCCUUGUCUCAGGGCAGACUAAGCAGACCAGGAUUUUGUUGAAGGAAGGUGAAAGACCAAAUUUAUUGGCAUCUCCACCUGUUCUGAGUACAUUGUUACCUUUAGCGGGAAAAGAACAGAGCAUUGUGCAAUAUGAUGCUAGUGCAAAGCAGGAAGAAUCGAUAAACUUAAAUGACGUGCUGGUGAGUAAUCGUUUAAUCUUAUUCGGUGGUGUGGAUGGAUUAGAUCAAAUGGCCAUCGAUGAUGUUAAACCCAAUGAGAAAACCAUGACACUGCUCCUGGAUUUAAUUCCGAAUUCGAUACCAGCGGAGAAUUUAUUGUUAAAAAUUGCAGAUAACAAUGGUAUCAAGCUAGAUAUUGACUUUUAUAAUAUGCUCAUCAAAAGACGCAGCAUGCGAUUUGAUUACAAGGCUGCAAAGGAGGUGUUAAGCAUAGCAGAGCGGAAGAAGCUUUCCCCAAAUAUUAUGACGUUUGGCGUCUUGGCGCUCGGUUGCCAAAAAUGCAAAGACGCUAAAGAAUUAUUGCAAGGAAUAGAAGUUUUCGGCUAUAAACCCAAUCAUGCAAUCAUGAGUACUCUCAUCGACACAGCUUGCCACAAGAAAGAUUUGCACUACUUGUUAUUUGUGAUGAAUUAUAUGGUGGAAAAUAAAAUGUAUCCCAAUGCGGCCGCCAUUAAAAAUCUGGAGGAAUUUUCCAAAGGAUUAUCGAAGAUUGAGAAACCUAGAGGAAAGUACAAGCUUCAAAAAAUGCAGCGUUUGAAGGAAAACAUAGAGAGAUUUGGACAGCAAUAUCCCAGAUGGAAAAAGAUGAUAAAAGAUGACGAGUGAACUAUCACAAGAUGAAACAUUACCUUCGUAAACAUUUUUCAGAAAAAAAUGUACAUUAUUAUUAGCGUAAUUUAUGUAUAAAUAUAUACAUAUAU